AUGCCUUUGAUUGCUAUUAUUGAUACCGGUGCGACGCAUUCUUUUAUUUCUUUGGAUUUUGCUAAGAGAUUGAAUCUUGAAUUAUCUGUUAUGCGUGGAAGCAUGGUUAUUGAUACUCCGGCUAUGGGUUCAGUGACUACUUCAUCUGUUUGUUUGAAAUGUCCAUUGAAUAUUUGUGAUAAAGAUUUUGAAGUUGAUUUAGUGUGUCUUCCAAUGAGUCAACUUGAUGUUAUUUUGGGAAUGCACUGGUUGAGGGCCAACCAUGUCUAUAUUAAUUGUUUUGCGAAAGCUAUUCUUUUUCUUGAGCCAAAGAAAGAAGUGUUUAUGUUGGUGGCAAGUUUGAAGCUUAGUGAAAAUGGAACAAUGGGUGAAUUUCCAGUUGUUCGUGAUUUUCCUGAAGUGUUUCCUGAUGAGGUUAGCAAUUUUCCGUCUGAACGUGAAGUUGAGUUCACGAUUGAUUUGAUUCCUAGUACUAGUCUGGCAUCGAUGGCUCUGUAUCGGAUGUCACAAUCUGAUUUGAAAGAGUUGAAGAGCCAACUAGAGGAUUUGCUUGAUAAGAGCCUAAACUGCUGGAAGAAGAAAAAAUGCGAAAACGGAAAAAGGCGUGGAAAAUCUCCGACCCGAGAGCUUUUCCAAUUAGCUGCUAUUUAUACUGCUACUUGUGUAACUGCUUUCCAAGGGUUUCCGUAUACGCGGUCUUUUCGUUCCGAGGGUCAAGCGUGGAAAUAG